AUCAGCUACUGACCAUGUCAACGGAGUUCCAGGAUGCUCACCUCGCAGAGGUGAAACCUCUGGUGGAGAAGGAGGAGGCUAUCACCCGCCUCCUUCCAGACUUCGAUGUUCAGGAGCAAGAUGUGGAGACUAUGCAUGGCUCGGUCCAUGUCACCAUGUGUGGGUCUCCAAGGGGGAACCGACCAGCUAUCCUCACCUACCAUGACAUUGGGCUGAAUCAUAAAACUUGCUUCAAUCCUCUCUUCAACUUUGAGGAUAUGCAGGAGAUCACCCAGCACUUUGCAGUCUGCCAUGUGGAUGCCCCUGGUCAGCAGGAUGGAGCACCAUCUUUCCAGGCUGGGUACGUGUAUCCCUCCAUGGAUCAGCUGGCUGAAAUGCUUCCGGGAAUACUGAAACAGUUUGGGUGAGUGUAGAAUUAUU